AGCCAAGAGGUUUCACUAAAGAAUGAGAGCUGAUGUUAGUAUGGAGGCCACCAGGUCAAAACAGUCUGUGCAGCACGGGCGAGAGGAUCACCCGGCUAGCAACGCACGAAACGCAACAUACCCAGGCGGUGGUGAGAGACUGAAUGCAACAACGGAAACAUGGUCUUUUUAACAUGCACAGGAUCAAACAAAUAAUACUGGAUCUCACUGAGAUGUAUUUUCUUCAAAUGUUAAUCAAAGGAGGGCGCCAUCACCAUCAUUUAUAACACUGGAUGUUUAGUUUGAACCAUUGGUUGAACCAAAGGUUUAAUGGUCGUUUUCCAUGCCAAUAAGACGGGUAUAUAAUCAUAUAUCAUAUUAAUCUUGAGUUACGUCUUUCAUCUUAUGCUUGUAUCUUAUCCAUCAGAAAAUCUGCGAGGAGCUUUCCAGACAAAUUUUUAGCAUUAUUCAAUAGAUUUUGAUUUGUGUGUGUCAGAUACAACUCCGAAGGGCAAAGCUUGCCACGGCUUUGUCAGUUUAACUGUUCUUAAACAAGAGAGAUUGAAGAAAGCAAAAGCCAUGGCAGAAAAUGCUGUCAAGAUGCAUAAGGUGUUCUCAGUCCAGGGCCCUUACUCUGUUGUCAGGGCAGCACUCAGGGCCAGAGGCUGGGUGGAACAGCGCAUGCACUGCCCAACCCAAACCGAUCACCGGCGCCACAGCAAUGAGAGCGGAGCCUGCAACAACAAUGCUGGUGAAAGCAAUGACGAUUACUCUGGCAAUCUCGAAAAAGACCAAGAUCCAGAUGUACUGUAUGAUCUCAUGUCUCGCCUGGUGCGGAAUGAAAUGGUUUAUUUCUAUUGGACGAACAGUGUCGACACCAUCAACACCAAGAGCUUGCAAAAAGAACAGAUUACCAAUCAUUUUGUAAAAUCAGAAAGCUUCACCACCAAGGUGGGACUGUGUGUGAACCUGAGAAACCUGUACUGGUUUGAUUCAGCUGACCCAGACACCUUCUUUCCUCGCUGUUACAGACCCGGACCACAGGAUGAGAUGCCCGCUUUCAUUGCGGACUACAGGAGGACAGCCUGCACCAGUUUUUUGAAGUACAUUGUGGAGAGGGAGCAGGGUGUUCAGAGAGACGGAAACAGCCACAACAUUCGCGGUGUGACAAAACGACGCAAACUGCCAUCCAGUCCAGUGAUUCUGUCGCAAAUGAUUAAUAGCGCACUUAAAGUAUGUCACGAGUUUCUGGAGAGUCUGGAGCAUCGUGACAUUGACAUGCACUCUGAGACACCACCGACACUUACAAAGGAGGAGUGGGCAGAGUUCAUCAACGGUUACUACCUCGCUGUUCAUGAAGGAGUCGAGAUCGAGAACAGUGAUCGUUUUGUGACCUGCUGCAAAGCCAUGCUACAGAGGCUGCUGGAGGUCAGUCCACAGCAAGACAUAGACGGCAUACACAACAUCUGGAUCAUCAAACCUGGAGCAAAAUCCAGGGGCAGAGGUAUCAAAUGUGCCAGGCGUCUGGAUCGGAUUCUCAGCCUGGUUGAUUGCGAUCAAACCCUAACGACGGACAGCAAGUGGGUAGUGCAGAAGUACUUGGAGCGACCUUUGCUGGUCCACGGCACCAAAUUUGACAUUCGGCAGUGGUUCCUGGUCACCGCCUGGAACCCUUUGACUGUGUGGUUCUAUAAAAAGUGCUACGUGCGCUUCUCUACACAGCCUUACUCACUACAUACACUGGACAGCUCUGUCCAUCUCUGCAAUAACUCCAUCCAGAAGCACCUGAUACCCUCCCGAGAACGUCAUCGCAGUAUCCCAGUAGACAACAUGUGGUCGGACGACCAGUUUAAGAGAUUUCUGUCCAGCCAGGGCCGGGAAGCUCAGUGGCAGACAGUGAUAGUCCCUGGGAUGAAGAAGGCUUUGAUCCACACCGUACAGACAACACAGGAUCUGAUGGAGUCACGCAAGAACUCCUUUGAGCUCUACGGUGCUGACUUCAUGUUAGGGCAGGACCUGUGUCCAUGGUUGAUAGAAAUCAAUUCCAGCCCCACAAUGGCUCCGUCCACCCCUGUAACAGCCCGCCUCUGUGCUGCUGUGCAGGAAGACACAUUACGCAUCGUCCUGGACUGGACGGCAGACCGCACUGCAAACACGGGAGACUUUGAGCUCAUAUAUAAGCAGGCAGCAGUAAACAUGCCACCGUAUAUCGGGGUCAACCUGCUUGUCAAUGGCUGCAAGAUCAAGCCCCCCUGCUCACUCCCUCCGAUGCGGUCACCCAACAACUCAGCAGCAAAACGCCACGACCCCGUCAAGAAGCAACCCAAAGCAGAACAAGUAAAUCCUGUGCCUAAGUUGUUGUCAAAAAGUGCACAGAGUCAGAUCAAUUACACCAGCAAGGGGGUUACAUCACUUCCUCCUCUGCCCCCUGUGCCAGCCCCUGUUAAAAUCGUCUCACCCAACCUGCCAAUGACUGUAACAUCCAUCCCUCUGCCCAUUAGCCCCACGUCCAACACUGUACUUUUGUGGAAGAGAAAACCAAAGGUAUCUGUGGAGGUCCAACCCCGGACCUCUUUGCCUUUUUCCAACAGUCCAGACAAGCAGUAACUUGAGUGCCUUUUUGAAUGCUUUUGGGUCAUGACAAGGUCAAUCUAAAAAUAGAUUUAUAUGUCUAUUUUUUUACUCACUACUUUUUUUUGAUAAUUGUCAAUGUUUCAAUGUGAUACAAAAGUGCCCAUGAUAAUUUGGUUAAUAAACAGAAUAAGUUGUCAAUUAUUUGUACUGGAA